AUGGAAAGCCCAAGCACGAGCUCGACCUCAUUCACCAUGGAGCCGAAAACUCCGGAACCGGAGCUUCUCAGCUCCUACCGCCGCCCCUCCUCCUCCCGGACAAUCUGCGGCGAUCGCUUUAUCCCCAGCCGCUCCUCCUCCAAUUUUGCCCUCUUCAAUCUCUCAACUUCAAGCUCGCAGGCCUCUUCUGACGAUUCGCACUCCGCUUACACUAACCUACUGAAGUCGGCCCUCUUUGGACCUGAAUCCGUCGCCGGGGUUAGUGGGUUUCAGCCAUUGACCCCGGAUAAAUCUUCUCCCGGAAGAAGAUUUGGCAGCCGGAGCAGCGACGGUGGUAUUUUGCAGAUUAGUCCUCCUAAUUGCAACAUAUUCAAGUACAAGACUGAGACCCGGAAAUCUAUGCAUUCUCUUUUGCCGUUUGAGUGCGAUGAUGAGCUCCCUGUGGUGUCUCGCAGCCCUGUUAAGGCGCCCCGAAAAGUUGCAAGGUCACCGUAUAAGGUUUUGGAUGCACCUGGGCUGCAAGACGAUUUUUAUCUUAAUCUUGUAGACUGGUCUUCACAUAAUGUGGUGGCUGUGGGGUUAAGCAACUGUGUCUAUCUGUGGCAUGCUUCUAACAGCAAGGUUUUGAAGUUGUGUGAUCUGGGAGGUGAUGACAGUGUCUGCUCAGUUAGCUGGUCACACCAUGGUACACAUCUUGCUGUCGGAACUCGUAACGGCAAACUCCAGUUAUGGGAUGCCUCCCGUUGCAAGAGGAUCAGAACUAUGGAGGGGCAUCGGCGCCGAGUCGGUGCCCUUGCCUGGAGUUCAUCCAUAUUGUCUUCGGGAAGCCUGGACAAAAGUAUUCUUCAUCGUGAUAUACGAGCACAAAAAGAUUACGUCAGCAAGUUAACCGGACACAAAUCAGAGGUUUGUGGAUUGAAGUGGUCCUGUGACAACCGAGAAUUAGCAUCUGGCGAAACUGACAACAAACUUUUCGUGUGGAACCAACAUUCGACUCAGCCUGUACUAAAGUACUGCGAACAUACUGCAGCUGUAAAAGCUAAUGCAUGGUCACCCCAUGUUCACGGACUCCUUGCUUCUGGAGGUGGCACUGCCGAUAGAUGCAUUCGUUUUUGGAAUACAACUACCGAUAAGCACUUGAGCUGUACGGAUACUGGAAGUCAGGUAUGCAAUAUCGUGUGGUCUAAGAAUGUCGAUGAACUAGUGAGCACACAUGGGUACUCCCAAAAUCAAACUAUAGUUUGGCAGUAUCCGAAUAUGUCAAAGUUGGCAACUCUGACUGGCCAUACAUACCGGGUAUUGUACCUUGCCAUUUCACCCGAUGGACAGAAAAUUGUAACAGGAGCAGGAGAUGAGACACUCAGGUUCUGGAAUGUCUUCCCAUCACCCAAAUCUAAGGUGCCCACUCCACUUUCAUCAUACUCCGAUAGUCAUUGCUUUGUCAAUGAAAAAUAA